AUGGGACGGAGCAAAGGAAGUGUGUUCUUUUUACUUGCUUUCUGCACAAGGCUUGCAUGUUGUCAAGAUUACUUCCGAAUGGGAGUGAACACGAAUGCGGCUGAAGCGACGCAGUUCCUGAGGGAAUAUGACCGGGAGGCGUCUGGAAUGUGUUACAGGGUAACAAUGUCCCAAUGGAAAUUCGUGACGAACAUAACGGAAUACAAUCGUCGGAGGAUGCUGGAGGAACUGGCUUUGAGUUCCAAGUUUGAGAGGCUGUCGUGGAGGAAGGCUGCUGCUUAUGACGCAUCAAGAUUGCCUGACCACCAAAGCAGGAGACAGCUGAUGAAGAUAGUUCAGUCAAGUCGCGCGGCGUUACCUGAUGAUAAGUUUACUGAGAUACAACAGCUGAUAUCGGAAAUGAAGGAGAUAUACAACUCUGCAAAGAUUUGUCCUUACGGGCAGAAACCUUACGACCCUCACAUACCGCGGGUAUCGUACCCAGAAUAUCAGCCUAAUCAGGCUUACCAAUUGACCAAUCAACCGUUCCAACAUUACCAACCAACUCAAGAGCCUUCAGACUUCCCCAACUACUGUGACAUGCAGCUAGACCCAGAAAUAUCUAGAAUUCUAGCCCAUUCCAGAAUUGAGAGCGAGCUGAUCUACGUCUGGAAGAGCUUCAGAGACCAGACUGGACCUAAAUUGAAGAACAGGUUCAUGAGAUACGUGCAGUUGGCCAAUCAGGCUGCUGUGGCGACGGGUUACAACGACGCAGGAGAUCAAAUGAGAUCCGCAUACGACGACCCGUCGUUCCGUUCGACGGUAGAGGAGAUUUACAACCAAGUGGCGCCACUUUACAAGCAACUGUUCACGUAUGUCAGGAGACGAUUGUUGCAAAGAUAUGGGGAGACCAGUGUGAGGUCCGAUGGGCCUAUACCAGCACAUUUAUUGGGAAACAUGUGGGCACAAAACUGGAAAUCCAUCAUGGAUCUUGUGAUGCCCUUCCCCCAGUCCCCUAACCUGGAUGUAACAGCUGAAAUGCUACGUCAGGGUUUCACACCAUUAAGAAUGUUCCAAAUGGCCGAAGAGUUCUACACGUCGAUGGGACUGAAACCAGUGCCGCCGGAGUUCUGGCGAGGGUCCAUGCUGGUGAGACCCCCGCAACGCAGUGUCCAAUGCACCGCUAGCGCCUGGGAUUUCUGUAAUAGGAUCGAUUAUAGGAUAAAACAAUGCACAGAAGUAACGAUGCAGGAUCUGAUUUCAACUCACCACGAGAUGGCCCACAUACAGUAUUACCUUCAGUACGCCGACCAGCCGCAGAUGUUCCGCGACGGAGCCAACCCAGCGUUCCACGAGGCCGUAGCCAACGCUGCAACGUUAUCUGUUUACAACUUACCACACUUACAGAGGCUUGGACUGUACCAGAACAAAACCCACGACCCUUACGAAGUGAGCAUGAACUUCCUCAUGACAAUGGCUUUGGAGAAAAUAGCGUAUCUUCCGUUCGCGUUCAUGGUGGACCAGUGGAGAUGGUCGAUAUUUGAAGAUGGCGUACAAAAUAUGAACUCUCGAUGGUGGCAAAUGAAACUAAGAUAUCAGGGAGUGAUACCACCCAUGCCUAGAAGCGAAGGCGACUUUGACCCUGGAUCUAAAUACCAUGUUAUCGCUGACCAAGAAUACAUGAAAUACUUCCUGGCCACAAUCCUGGAGUUCCAGAUCUACUCCCACAUGUGUUCCCUGUCAGGACACACAGGCCAUCUGCACGAGUGUGACGUUUACAGGAGCCGGGAAGCUGGAAGACUUUUAAGUGAGAUAAUGCAAGCUGGUGCUUCGAAGUCAGCAUCGGAUAUAAUCAGAACGAUGACCAAAGGAAAAACCAACAAGAUUUCUCCAGAAGCUAUUGUCAAGUACUUCAGACCUCUGGAACUUUGGCUGCGCGUCCAGAACCGAGAUGAGAACCUCAUUGGAUGGAACUCUAACUACCACGAUGUGGCUCUGUUCGCCCCGCAACGCGGCGCCUCGGCUUCGAACCUGGGGUCUGUGGUCGUAAUCUCACUGUCACUCAUGUUGAACUUGUAUUAA